UUUCGAAUUUCUUUCCGUAAAGUUACCUGGCGAUUCGCACAUGCUCAAAGCGUCCUUUUAUUUAUGGUGAACAUGGAGAUAAGCACGGUUAGUCGCGCGGUAAAGAUUGGUCUUCAUGCCUGUGGUAUCUGGCCAUAUCUACCGUCUACCGUGUUGUACCGGUUCCUUUGGACUGUAUUGUUGAGCACAAUUCAGAUAUUUCAAUAUCGCUACGUGAUGGUACACUAUUACACCGAUAGUUUCUCCAACUUUAUGGAUGGAGUGAGCAGCGCUAUGACGUACAGUCUCCUGUUAAUCAAACUCGUCAUUUUAUGGGCUAAUCAGCGAACGUUCUCCGAUAUAUUGCAAAUGAUGGCCGUGGACUGGCAGAAUUGCGACUUGACCGAGUGCGGUCUGCGCAUUACGACGAAUAGAGCCAGACUCUCGUAUCGCGUUUCCAACUGGCUCAUCGGCCUUCAAUUGGGCGCCGUGGUUUUGUACAGUUGCGGCGUUCUUGCCGGCAACGCCGGUGACGUUGAGAAGAUGAAUGUGUCCUCGCGCGAGCACAUCCUAAAGAUGAAGCUACCCUUUAUGAUCAACACGUUUCCCGUCUACGCGCUCGUUAUGAUUUUCGAGUUCUGUCAUCUGUCAAUUUGCGCCUGCGGGAUGUCUAUCGUCAACUCGCUCAUUGUCACUCUGAUAGUGCACAUCGGCGGUCAAAUCGAUGUUUUUUGCGACUGGCUGAUGAAAGCCUUCUCCAAAAAUAUGAUGCUCAAAGUGGACGGGAUAACAUUAAAAAUGCUAAUCGUGAAGCACCAGCGGAUCAUUGCGUUCUCGCAAAGAAUCGAAACUCUUUACACAUAUAUCGCAUUGAUGCUAUUUGUGUCGGAUACUAUCAUUAUAUGCUGCAUAGGAUUUAUUAUUAUCACCUCGAUCGGUACGCCUGGUGGUUUUCCCGUCCUGGUCAGAUCCAUAUUAUAUUACUUUGUGAUGAAUCUCGAAGCAUUUAUAUAUUGCUUCGCCGGUGAAUACUUGAGUACCAAGAGCAGAAUGAUCGGAGAUGCGGCCUAUAAUUCUCUUUGGUACGAUGUCAUGCCUAAACAGAGUCGGACUGUACAUUUCGUGAUCCUCAGAUCCCAGAAACAAUUGAGUAUAACGAUUGGAAAAGUCAUGGAUCUCUCCUUAGAACGUUUUACCAGCAUAAUGAAGGCAUCGGCAUCAUAUAUAUCCGUAUUAAUGGCAAUGUAUUGA